UGGAGUUCAAUCUUUGGGAUGCUUCUCUUUUUUUACACAAUCCUGCUUUUACAUCAGCUUCAUACAAAGGCAGGAAACACACUAUGCCGAAUGAUGGGAGACCCUAAGUACCCGCUGAUUUCUAAGAAUGGAGACCUAACCAUUGGAGCACUUUUUCCAGUCCAUAGCACAGAGACAGUACCUUCAUUCGAAUUUAGAAAAAAACCUCAGCCUCUUUCAUGCUCCAGUGUGAAUCUAAGAGAUUUUCGCCUUGCCCAAAUUAUGAUUUUUGCCAUUGAAGAGAUUAACAGAAGUGAACAUUUGCUCCCAAAUGUUUCUAUUGGUUAUCGAAUUUUUGACACCUGUGGUUCAAGACUAUCUACCAUGAGUGCAAUAAUGGGACUGAUGAAUGUUCAGGAGUUUGAAGAAGAAGACAGUUGUACUGGGCAGUCUCCAUUGCAUGCUAUAAUAGGUGAUUCAGAGUCUACUGCCACAGUGAUUCUCUCCAGAACUACAGGACCUUUUAAGAUACCGGUGAUAAGUCAUUCAGCUUCAUGUGAAUGCCUCGGCAAUAGAAAAGAUUACCCUUCAUUCUUUAGGACUACAGCUAGUGAUUACCACCAGAGCAGAGCACUUGCAUACUUGGUCAAGGAUUUAGGAUGGUCUUGGGUUGGAGCUGUGAACAGUGACAAUGAAUAUGGAAACUAUGGAAUGGCAAUAUUUCAGAAAAUAGCCCGGGAGGAGGGGAUCUGCGUGGAGUACACAGUCAAAUUCUAUCGAACAGAAACUGAAAAAUUACAGAAAGUGGUAGAAAGAAUUAAAAAAAGCACUGCAAAAGUGGUUAUUGCAUUUGUUUCAUUUCUUGAGAUGGGUUUACUCAUUGAUCAGCUAAGUAUUCAAAAUAUUACAGGCAUUCAAAUGAUUGGAGUAAAGUCAUGGAUAACAUCAGAAAAUUACAUCACUCUAAACAGCUUUCAUGUUCUAGGAGGGUCGCUGGGGUUUGCAAUGAGAAAAAUCAAUAUUGAAGGGUUUUCAGAUUAUGUUACAAAAUCAUUCUGGAAAACUGCCAUCCCGUGCCUACACUUUGAGGGGAAUUCUUCUCAAUAUGCAAUAAGUUGCAGAAAAUAUGAUGAUCUACUUACAAUGAAAAAUUACAAUGAAGAUGUGACUGAACACAGAUAUUCAGCCAAUGUCUAUGAAGCAGUUUAUGCUGUGGCUCAUUCACUACACAGUCUUCUCAACUGCAAAGCACAAGAAGGUUGUGAAAAAGGCCUGACAAUACAGCCACAGCAGGUGGUCGAGGCUCUGAAAAAAGUAAAUUUCACCGUUAAGUUUGGUGAUCGUGUGUGGUUUGACAGCAGUGGUGCAACAGUGGCCCAAUAUGAAGUUGUAAACUGGCAGCAGAACUCAGAUGGAUCAUUCCAGUUUAGGCCGGUGGGAUACUAUGAUGCCUCUUUGCCACCUGAUCAACGUUUUGUGCUCAAAACUGAAAACAUAAUCUGGGCUGGAGGAAAAUUGCAAAAGCCAAGGUCUGUGUGCAGUGAGAGCUGUCCUCCAGGCACUAGGAAGGCUACACAGAAAGGAAGACCUGUCUGCUGUUAUGACUGUAUUCCAUGUGCAGAAGGAGAAAUCAGUAAUGAGACAGAUUCAAUUAACUGCAAGCAGUGUCCAGGGGAAUUCUGGUCUAAUGCUGAGAAAAAUAAAUGUGUGCUAAAGGCUGUAGAGUUUCUGUCAUUCACAGAAGUUAUGGGUAUAGUGCUAAUAUUUUUCUCAUUAUUUGGAGUAGGAUUAACUGUGCUAGUGGCCUUUCUGUUUUACAGUAAGAAAGACACCCUAGUAAAAGCCAACAACUCAGAGCUGAGCUUCCUGCUGCUCUUCUCACUGACUCUGUGUUUUCUCUGUUCUCUUACUUUCAUUGGUCGGCCCACUGAGUGGUCCUGUAUGUUGCGUCACACAGCAUUUGGGAUCACUUUUGUUCUCUGUAUCUCCUGUGUUUUGGGGAAAACAAUAGUGGUCUUAAUGGCCUUCAAGGCUACACUUCCAGGAAGUAAUGUCAUGAAAUGGUUUGGUCCUGCACAACAACGGCUCAGUGUUUUUGCCUUUACACUAAUACAAAUUCUUAUAUGUGUGCUUUGGUUGACAAUAUCUCCUCCAUUUCCUAACGAAAAUAUGAAAUAUUAUAAGGAAAAGAUCAUACUUGAGUGCAGUCUAGGUUCAACUAUAGGUUUCUGGGCUGUGCUGGGUUAUAUUGGCCUUUUGGCUGUCUUGUGCUUUUUUCUGGCUUUUCUGGCUCGCACACUGCCUGAUAACUUCAAUGAAGCCAAAUUUAUAACAUUCAGCAUGAUAAUAUUUUGUGCUGUAUGGAUUACGUUUAUUCCAGCUUAUGUCAGUUCUCCUGGCAAAUUUACCGUAGCUGUAGAGAUUUUUGCUAUUUUAGCCUCAAGCAUUGGUUUACUAUUUUGCAUAUUUGCGCCUAAAUGUUAUAUUAUCCUGUGUAAGCCUGAACAAAAUACAAAGCAACAUGUUAUGGGAAAAACACCAUCUAAAACCUAUUGA